AUGGCAGAAAAACCAGCAUGUGUGUCCUCACAAAUACCCAAUGAUGAAGAUACACCCAAAGAAGAAAAUAUCCGUUGCUUACCUCUGCUUGACCAUUUUGGCUUUGAAUGUUUGCCCCAUCAGUUGGUGAACAGAUCUAUUCAACAAGGAUUCACUUUUAAUAUUCUCUGUGUGGGGGAAACUGGAAUUGGAAAAUCAACACUGAUAGACACAUUGUUUAAUACUAAUUUUAAAGAACAAAAAUCCUCGCAUUUUUACUCACAUGUUGGACUUAAAAUUCACACCUAUGAGCUCCAGGAAACUAAUGUUCAGUUGAAAUUAACUGUCGUGAAAACAGUGGGAUAUGGUGAUCAAAUAAACAAAGAAGCCAGUUACAAACCAAUAGUUGACUACAUAGAUGCCCAGUUUGAGGCCUAUCUCCAAGAAGAACUGAAGAUUAAACGUUCUUAUUUUAAUUACCAUGACUCUCGUAUCCAUGUGUGCCUCUACUUCAUUUCACCGACUGGACAUUCUUUAAAGUCACUGGAUCUGUUAACCAUGAAGAAGAUUGACAGUAAGGUGAAUAUUGUACCACUGAUUGCCAAAGCAGAUACAAUUUCGAAAAAUGAUUUGCAGAAGUUUAAGGCGAAGAUAAUGAAUGAGUUGGCUGAAAACAGCAUCCAGAUCUACCAGUGCCCCGUCGAUGAUGAAACCAUUGCUCAGAUGAACUCCUCAAUGAAUGAACACUUCCCCUUGGCAGUGGUGGGGAGCAUGGAGGAGGUGAAAGUUGGAAAAAGGAUGGUCAGAGGCCGGCAGUACCCGUGGGGAGUUUUACAAGUGGAGAAUGAAAGUCACUGUGACUUUGUUAAGCUCCGGGACAUGCUCCUGUGUACCAACAUGGAGGACUUGAAAGAGCAGACCCACACCAGGCACUAUGAGCAGUAUCGGUGCUACAGGCUGAGGAAGAUGGGCUUUACAGAUGUGGGUCCAGACAACCAGCCUAUCAGUUUUCAAGAGAUCUAUGAAGCCAAACGACAAGAGUUCCACGAGCAGUGUCAGAGGGAAGAAGAACAACUGAAACAGAGAUUUAUGCAGCGGAUAAAGGAGAAAGAAGCCACAUUUAAAGAAGCUGAAAAGGAGCUGCAGGACAAAUUUGAGCAUCUUAAAAGAGUCCAACAAGAGGAGACACUGAAGCUUGAAGAAGAGAGAAGAAAACUGGAUGAAGAAAUAAUAGAAUUUUAUAAAAUGAGAGCAGCCUCUGAGUCACUGCAGACCCAGACUUGCAGCAACGUGAAGAAGGACAAAGAGAGGAAGAAGUAA